AUGGACGACGACGCCAAGGACGCGCCACGCCUCGUGGCGUCGCCGCCUGUGCGCGAGGUCCACUUGCAGUCGGCGGACUUUUCGCAGUUUGACGGCGCCGCGCUCUCGGCGUGGCACCUCGCGCAGCUGCUGCAGGCGCCGCCGACCGCGGUCGCGACCCAUGGCCUCGACGCGCACGCCGCGACUUACGUGCAGAUGACGCUGCCGGACGAAGGCGUCGCGCUCGCCAGCAUUGCGUUCGAUGACGCCAGUAGCGACGCCGUCCUGCACGACGAGACAACGAUGGACCCGAUUUGCUUGAACGUGACGCCGCAGUCGGCCGUGUACCUCUCGUUUCAAAAGUACCGCGUCGUCAUCUGCCUCGACGCGAGUCCGUCGAGCUUGUCGAUCGACCCCGUGUCCGGGUCGCUCUUCCUCGACGUCUCGUUCACGUCGGUCGAGCGCCUCUUGCAUGCGCUUGUGCAGCGCCCAUGCGGCGACACGAAGUACGCGACCCCCGAGCUCCACAUUUCGAUCCUGGUGCAAGGCGCGCUCGUCGACUCGCUCUGCGUGCUCGCGCAAGGCUACAUGGUCGACGAUGCCAACGUACACACGCUCGUAUCGCUCUUGCGCCAGCGACUCCAGCUCCUCGAAGACAAGUGGGCGACGGCCGGGCCGUCGGCCGCCGCCGCCGCGCCGUCGUCCUUGGCCAUGACGCUCCAGAACGCAACGUUUGCGCUCAACUCGCUGCCACACGACGCGGCGCCGCUGCUUGUGCUCGUGACCGACGGCGUCGUCGACCUCCCGCACGUCUACGCGUACGACCACAUGAUGAUGCAGUUGGCGCGCCAUCACAUUACGUGCCAUGCGAUUCAGCUGGGCGGCGGCUUUGUGCCCCACUGCUCGUUUGGGUACGUGCCCGACACGGACUUGCUCCGGUAUGUGACCGCCGCGACCGGUGGCGCGUUCUUUGACAUGCAGACGCUGAGUUCGCUCCCGGCGUCGGCGUCGCCCUUUGCCAACCACGUCCAAGCCGCGUGCUUUCUGCAGCCGUCCAAGGUCUGCCCCGCCAACCCGUCGCCCGAGAUGCCAUUGGUCGCGGACCGCGUCCCGAUGGACCUCGUCAUGUCGUACCGGCCUCUGCGCCUCUUCCGCGAGAAGGUUCACGAGUUCAAGUUUGUGGGCGCGAUCGCCAAGCUCGCGGCCGCGCGCCUCGAAGAAGGGUUCUGCGUCGCCAAGGUCGCGCCGAUUAAAGACGGCACGCGGCUCCACUGCAUACUGCAAUGGACGUCCGAUGUGUGGCUCGAGUACACGAUCUGCGGCCCGCUCCGCGCCGACGGCGAGCUUGCGAUCCGCAUCGAUGUCUUGGCGCACGCCAAGUUUCUGGAAGAGUUUCAGGCGGUCCGCAGCAUGAACCUGCCGCCGACCAACUCGCUCUGCGUGCUCUUGCAUCGGUUCCUAAAAGACAUGUACGAACGCGACCGGACGUUCUUGCACCUGAUGUCGGCCAUGACGAUGCCGACGCUGGACCAAGACACGACGAAAUUGCACUCGUUCUCGCGCAUGGCGACGGCGGUCGCCGCGCCGCACCCGGUCUUUUCGCUCGUCGGCAACCUCUCGCCGCUCUUGUGGCACCGCUGGUUCCACGUCGAGCGAUUCGAGAUGCUGCAACUGGAGGCAGCCACGUACUCAAAAGACCCACUCCUCCUCGAGACCUUGAGCAAGUGGGCGUCCAUGACGCUCAGCGCCGACAUCUACCUCAAGUUCCUCGACACAUCCUCGUCGUCCGCGAAAGGCAACGUUAACCGCAAGCAGCGCGGGUCGCUCACGCUGUCGCUGCCGUCGGCGUCGUCGGCGCCGGCACGGAAAGCGUUGUGCUUUGUGCGCCUCGAGCGCACGGGCCACGCUCUCAUUGUGGUCUACGUGGCGUUCUACGGCACGUCGACGUCGGCGCGGAAAGCCGUGCUCGCGGACCUCCAGCGCACGCUGUACGCCGGCGUCAACCCGAUCGAGACGCCGCCGUCCAUGGUGCUCUGCCACCGGCACGUCCAGCGGCUCUUUCUGCUGCCGCACAUCAUCCACGAUUUGAUCGACCCGCCGGCGUUGCACGAAGAGCGGUCGGUGAAUGCGCCGCUCGUGGCGAGCUGCUGCUCGGGCUCGGGUCUUGUCGGGUCGGUCUUUGCCGCCUACAUGUGGCGAACACUUUGGUGCUGGCACGUCGAGUCGGCGCAGCAGGACGAGACCAUCGACCAGCUCCAAGAAGAACGCUUGAGCCGCGACGGCUUUUGCGUGGUCCAAGCCGACGACAGCUUUGUCUUGUUGGCCAAAGAGGUCCUUCUACAUGGCAAGAAGAGCGCCGUGGUGCAGUAUGCGAUCACGGUCGUCUCGGAGAGCGUCCUCUGCACGUCGCUGUGGAUGGAGCCGACGAGCGGCCAGAUUCGCGACAUCUCUGGCACCUUUGGCGCCGCGCCGCUGGAAGCGACCGAGACCGAAACCGAGACCGACGGCGUCGAAUCGGCGGCCUACUACCAAGAGAUGCAAGCCGCUACGUACCUCGCCGACGUGCACAUCCUGUCGUGCAUGACAACGUUCUACCGGAUCCUAGAGGCGACCAAAGACGAGUCGACGGUCGUGGGUCCUCUCGAUCGGCUCGGGCCCGAGGCCGCCACCGCCGGGCCCUUUUACGUCCAAGAGUCGCCGUUCAGCACGGCGCGGCUGCUCACGACAGCAACCAAGACGUCGGAUCGGUUCCUGCUCUACAUGGAGCCCGACGCGGCCAAUCUCGAGCUCCACGCGAUGCUGCUCGAAAGCAUCAAGCGGCUCAGCGACGUCGAGGUCGCGUGGACCGACGAAAUGGGCACCGAGUCGCGCAUGCACGGCGUCUUUCCGCGGCUCACGGGCGGCCCGCUCUGGUCGGCGGCGCGCGACGUUGCACCGAGCUGCUCGUCCCUCGCCCCUGGCCGGUGCUUUGCCAAGCUCCUCUCCGAGACGACGUUUGUGCUGGCGUUUGUCCCAGCGCUCGAGUCAUUGCCGACGCCGACGCCAAGUGUCGACGCGCACCGCUCGCAAGAUGUUGUGCUCUCGGAGCGACUCAAGUGGCUCGCGGGCAUGUCGUCGUCGGUGGUGCUGAAUGCCCACCACCCGAACCCGAUGACGUCGGCGGACGUCGCCAGAUUCGAAGCCCGGCGCGCGUUGUUUGAGCCAAAGGCGGACGCGUGCUCGUCGUACUUGGCGCUGCCGUUGACGUUUUUCGAGUGUUCGCUGGACGACAAUGCGUCGAUGGCGGCAAGCUCGGGCUUGGACGUGUACGUCAAGCAUCUCAAGGCGGCCCACGAGACCAACUUUGCCCACGGCGUGUACCGUGCGCUCCGGGAGCAACGCGUGACGCUGCAGCCGUGCGACUUGCUCCAAGCGCUCUGGAGUUGCCAGCAAGUCGCGAUCGACCUCGACGUGUCGCUCCUGCAUCACAUGCUGCAUUUGCUGCCGUCGGCGCCGAUGGGGAUCGACCCGGCGUUCGAUGCGCUCUUGUCGCAGGUGCUGACAUCGAUCCCGAUGACGCAGUGGUACUACUUUGCCGCCACGUACGACGACAUUGUGCCGUUUUUCGUGCGCCUCGAGUGCUGGCAGGACGACUCGUUGCUCGAAAACGAUACGGAUCGGCGCCCGCGCUCGAAUAGCGUCCGCGUCCUCUCGGAGACGCAUCAGUUUACCGACGUGCUCAAGUCGAUGCUGUGCGCAGCCAACUGCGUGCCGAGACCCGAGUCGGACGAGGACUCGUCAUCAUCAGCAUCCGACGGCGAGAGCAAGGCGACGCUGGAAGCCGACGUCUUGGCGAUCGUCGACGCACUGCGCGGGCCGAUGCACCCGAAAACGUACCUGCGCCUUGUGAUCAUGACGCUGCCACCCGACCCGCUUCUGAAGAAAGACAUGGACGAGACUGCGCUGCCGCCGACGCAGCACCAAGUGUUUCAGGACCUCCGCCUGCGUCUCCAAGAGCUUUGCGCGGUUCAGGUGCUCGGCAUGCUGCGGUGCUUGCCGUCGUUGACGCCGGCGCUCGGGUCGCUCGUGCAACUGCUCUUUCGCGAGCUGCCGACGACGUCGCUCCGGCGCGUGCAAUACCCACUCGAGUUUUUGCCCGUGGACGGCCCGGUCUCGGCCAUGGCGCUCUUCCGGACGCAGCUGCUGCAGAGUCGCGUGCUGCCGCUGCAAGCGUGCAACGACCUCUACUUUGUCAUCUCGGACAGGCCGUACUGGGCGUUUUUCGCGGUCGACGAGGCCAAUGCGGCCGUGUGGCUGCAUCUGCACGUGACGCCGGGUGCCGGCGUCGACGAGGUGUCGCUCUUGACGCAGUUGCACCUUGGCGUGCUGGCGGUCGCCAAGCAAGUCAACCAGAUCAUUCUGCUCCAGCAACUGCACGAGUCGCGCACGUGUUCGUCGCUUUUGCUCAAGUCGACGACACCGGCGACGUCGACACCGUCGCACUCGUCGUCGUUUGACGCCGCCGUUGCGUCGUCGUCGUUCUUUUGGCCGGGGCAGUUUGAGUGCGCGUGCCAGUUCCGACGGAGCUUCAAGCUCCAGGACCGCCUCAUCCCGAGCGUGACGCUCAACAAUGUGUGCACGGCGGCCCUCGAACACGGGCCAUGCUUUUACAUGCUCUUGACGCUCCACGAAGCGAUCCGGCAGGUCGAGCUCACGGUCUACGGCAUCUGCGCGCCGUCCGACGAGGUCACGAUCGAGCUCUGCCGCGUCUUGGAGCGCAAGAUUGACGACGCGACGCAGCUCAUUUUGAUGAAGCUCUUGGCGCGCAACGCCAAGUUCCCGCUCGUGGCGACCGACGUGCAGUUUUUAUGUCCCGACGUCGCCGCGCCGACGCACGUGGCGUCGUAUGCACUGCCCAUCGCCGUGCAAGACCCGAUUCUGCUGGUCCAUAUCAUCAAGGACAAGAUGAUCGAGCCGUCGUACGCGCGGGCGAUGCCGCCGACGCCGUCGAUCGACGUCAAUGUGCUCCAUCCGGCCUACGUGUUUAGCGCCAAGAAGCGGGACGCGCCGUCGUCGCCCGUGUGCUGGACAGCCGAGGAAGGCAGUCUCGAGUCUACGCCGACGCAUUCGUUUGUGCUCAAUAUGAACCCCGAGUUUGGCGCGCGCUCGGGCUUUGUGACGUCGUGCGGCAAGGGCCUUGCGCUCGUGCACAUGGAUUUGGUCGACGGCACGUCGUCGAUCGUGCACCACGCGCCCACCGGCUGCUUUGCACCGCCCGGUACGGUCUGGUCGCAGGUCUUGAGUGCGUCACCGUCACCGUCACCGUCAUUGCCGUCACCGGCAGCCACGACGCAGUUUUACGUUCGCUUUCGCGUCUACGUGCGCGGGCAUCUCAACUGCGCAAUCUUGUCGGAGAUCUUUGCACUCUCGGUCAAGCAGGCGCUGUACGAGUAUGCGAUGGAAGCCAUGCUCGCCGAGCCGUCGACGUCGUCCGAGUACCCGGCGGCGAUGCUGGCCGAAGUGCAGAGUCUCCUCAAGGACGCGGCGCAGCUCACAACGACGACGGCGGUGCUCUUGACGCAGACACAAGUGCUUCCGACGUACGAGAUUCCGCACAUUGUCAAGCAAGUGACGUCGCUGCUGCAGUGUCUGCCGUCGUCGCACUGGCCGGCCACGUACUAUCAGUCGGCGCCGUCGGCGCCCUUUGCACUCUUUGACGCGGACACGUCGGUGGUCGCGUCGACGUAUACCUUUCGCGACACGUUCUCGAUGGUGUGUCCGCGGCCGCCACCGACGGUGUUUAGCCCGCCAGACGACCCGCCGCCGCUCCAAAAGACGACCUCGAUGCACUCCCUCGUCAGCGUCGAUACGGUCACGAGCAGCUUGCCGUCACCGAUGGCGUCGCCACGCCACCCGCCGAUGCCGAUGCCCAAAGAGUACGCGCUGCACGACGCAAUGCUGCAUUCGACGCUCGGGACCGCCGGGCGCCGGCACCUCUUUUACACGGUGCAGAUCUCGCACCACGGCCUCUCGCUCCUGAGCUACAACGUGCAUCCGUCGGCGCUCGAGUCCAUGUGCCUUGGCAUCUCCAAGGCGCUCUCGUGGUGUGCGCUGCGCCAGUCGCUCUUGAGCAGCAUCCUCUUUCAGAAGCGCGGCUUUGCGCUUGCGGCGCCGACGCAGUGCAGUAUGCUGCAACCGACAGCGCUCCUCGAACGUCGGGCGCCGGUCAUUGGAAAGAACCCCGUGCACAUGGCGCGGGACGUUGUCCACAGCAGCGUCGCGUUUACGCCGCAGAUCUUUGGCGUCGUCUUGGAGCACACCACGGCGCCGCGGUCGCUGGCGGCGUCGGCGUUCCGGGCGAUCGAAGGCAUGGGCCUCGCCGAGUACUUGCGCGAGACAGGCACGUACAUUGAAGACCUCUCGGUGCGGCCACGUGCGAUCUCGGGCGCCGCUGAGAAGCUCGAGCAGUCGGCGGUGUCGACACCCAUGUCCACGUCGUCGACGACGUCCUCCAUGUCGUCGAUGCCGACGCUCUUGUCGUCGUCGUCGUCGUCGUCCGGGCGGUCGUUGACGGCGCCGACGCCGGUGCCAGCGCCGAUCGUGCGCAAGCCGCCAAACGCAACGAACGCGCUCAUGGCCGCGCGCGCCCGCGCCCGAGGGCCGUUGAAAGGGCCGCCGGGUGCGACGCCGCCGAGUGGAUCGGGGGUGGACGACGGGAGCGAGAACAAGCCGCCGCCCGCGUGGUCCUUGACGCUCAACAAGGAUGCGAUUCCACCGCGCGUGAGCAAGAACAAGGUGUCGCCGGUGGUGCCGUCGGCGGCGGCGCUCGCGACACGGCGGCCAUCGGGGCCGUUGCCGCAGCACCCCGACGUCACCAAGCCGUCGCCGACAACGACGAGUACGACAAGCAGUACGCAAGCCACGAACGACACGUCGCUCGCGUGGCGGAGUGCGCUCAAGACGCUGCUGCCGUCGUCGUUCAGCCACUACCACCGCGACGACCGCGACGUCGAAGGCUCGACGAAAGCCAAGGAUCCACUCAUCUUCCACGGCGUUAACUUGCGCUCGGCGCUCGACUUUCACGCGUCGCACCGGUCGAGCUACACGAUGGUGUACGAUCUCUUCAAGAGUCUCAUGACGUCGACGUCGCUGGCGCCGGCUCCCAACACGCUCCGCAAGCUCGUCGAGUGCAGUCGGCUCAUUGGCCAUCGGCAGCUCGCGGUCUCGUUCAGCGGUGCGUUGCCGCGCCGGACGACGGGCCCGUCGCAUGAUAUUCUAUCGCUGCUUGCGUACGAGAUCCAGUUCAUCUUCAACAACCUCUUUGGCAGCAUCGCGCGCCUGCACGUCGACGACCUUCUCUGCACCGAAGGCAUGCCGGCCAGCGCGGCCUACAGCCAGUUUGUAAGCUUUUGCACCCGCGCGCAAGCGAGCCUUGGCCGACGCCACGCUGCGGACGUGAGCCAGCUGCUCGUGGCGCAUCUGCGUGCACAGGGGCUGCGUCCGCUGCAAGACUUGACACACAAUGGCAGUGGCGUCUAUGCAAAAAAAGCCGAUGGCGUCGCGGGCCUCAUUCUGAUCGAGCUGUCGCAGACGACGAAGUCGCACCACCUCGGCGUGCGGGCGUACUUUGUCUCGGAGCGCGACGUCGUGAGCUUGGACGCGGGUCGGCACUUGCCGCAGUCGAGCUACCCAGUCUUGUCGCGCGCCGACCUCGUCUCGACCUUCCAAGCGAUUAAGGACGCGACCAACGUCCGCCGACUCGUGUACGACUAUGUGAUUUCGGACCUCCAUGCGUUUGUGCUGCACACGCUCUCGGUGUCGACGACCGCGCUGCAGGCGCACGUGGCCUUUGACGACCCUGCGACGUCGGCGGUCCGCAACUGCGUCGGGACCAUGAACGCGUUCCUUGAUGCGUACCCGUCGGCCCCGGACGGCGCGCAGUUUGGUCUCCAAGCGUGGGAGUUUGUCGUCGAGAACGUCGCGACGCUGCUCCGCUACAUUGCGUGCCAUGCGACUCGGUACUACGUCAGCGACCUGCUCAUCUUUGGGACGCCGGACGCGAUCGCGACCAAGAGCGCCACCGGUCGGUUCAUCAAGGACUUUAACGAACCGAUUGAGCAAAACGACGACACGCCGUACACGCUCGUGCUCACGAGCUCGUCGCAAAAUACGCUCAAGGUCUACGCGCUCCAUACGACCGACGCGCUCUCGCACCUCUGGGAACACGUCGAGCUGUUUGUGAUGGAGCUCAUGCGUGUCGCAAGCGUCGACUACCGCCGUGACAUUUUGUGGUCGCGCCUUCUCUUUGGCGCGGCGCAGACUGGGCUCGACGCGCCGCCGUGCCACGUCGACGUCCAGCAGCUCGAAGACUGCCUCGCGCUGUCCGUGCGGACCCCGUUCGACCGGAUUGACCCGGUGCUCACGGAGCUCCUCGCCGUCACGCAAGUCGAGUGGUCGGAGUUCCUCGGGCUCCUCAAGGUCGUGCACAAGGAUGGAAUGCGCGAGUACCAAUUCCACAACCGGCGACACGUGCUGCUCAUGUGUGAGAGUGCGCGGGACAUUAUGAUCCACAUCUACCACGACGACGUCUCGGGCCUGCUCUCGAUGGAGAUUUGCCGUCGGGAAGAACCGGCCAACGGCGCGCUCUCGCACGAGCAGCGCCAAACCGUGCGGGACCUCGUCAACCAUAUCGUCUACUGGCUUUGGACCCAAGUGGCCACCUAAGAUCUGCGUGCUUUGUCU